CUCCUCUGCCACCCCCCCACAGACUGUGUGCCCGCCCACCUGCAGGUGCCGUGCCUCUGUGAGAAGGCCCAGCCAUGGUCUGAGGGAAGGUUGCAGAAGGCAGGCAUGGUCCAUGGGCAGCAGCAGGGCCUCCCGCCAUGCUGCAGCGCAGGCCGGCUCAGGAGCUGAGCUUUGGGCCCCGGGCCCUGAAGGACGCACUGCUGUCCCGGGAUGUGGCGCUGCAGCGGCUUUACGCCACCACCUUCUCUCCGGCCGAGCGGCUCUUCCUGGCCGAGGCCUACAGCCCCCGCAGGAUGCUCUUCGGCACGCCCCUGGUGUGCUCGGCCUUCGACUGGCCGCUGAGCCGCCCCGAGGCCCCCGAGGACUUCGAGACCUUCCAUGCGGCGCUGGGCCAGAGGCGGCCGGGCCUGGCCCGCAGGCACAUCUACCUACAGCCCAUAGGUCUGAGCGAGGGCCCGGCGCGCUGCCCCCUGCUGGAUGACCUGCGCAGGUGCGCCGAGGCUUUCUUCCCAGGCCUGCAGGUCAGGUGCCUGCCCCCGGUGGCUGCCGCCUCCAUCCGCUGCGCCUCACGUCCCGGGCAGGACUUGGCCGGCCCCCAGCUGCACACAGAUGGCAUCCUGGAAUUCCUGAAGAACAGCAAGCCGGAGGACGCACUGUGCGUGCUGGGCCUCACGCUGGAUGACCUGUACCCCCACGAGACCUGGAGGUUCACCUUCAGCAAGUUUCUGCCGGGCCACGAGGUGGGCGUCUGCAGCUUUGCCCGUUUCUCCAGGGAGCACCUGUGGGUCGGGCCCGAGCCGGUUCUGGCAGAAGUGGCGGCUGCUGGUCAGGGCGAAGGCCCAGCACUGGGCUUCAGUGCCCUGGGUCUGGUGCAAUGCUGCAAGGUCGCCUGCCAUGAGCUCUGCCACCUGCUGGGCCUGGGGAACUGCCGCUGGCUGCGUUGCCUCAUGCAGGGGGCACUGAGCCUGGACCAGGCCCUGCGUCGGCCCCUGGACCUCUGCCCCAUCUGCCUGCGCAAGCUGCAGCACAUCCUGGGCUUCAGGCUCCUUGAUAGGUACAAGAGACUGCACGCCUGGACCUGGGCGGUGGCCGAGAGCUGGCCUGGCCAGGAGGCGUCCGUGGCCUUCAGCACCGACUCAGGCGUGUGUUGUGAAAGUGACUCAGAGCUGGCCAGCAGCCCCUUGGCACCUCCGCCCCCUGACGUGCUGAGCCACCUGUGCCCCGAGGGCCCGGAGCCCAACCUUGAGGACAGGCCCAGCUGCCUGGCCGUGGACGCUGUGCCACAGCCUGGGGGCCCAGAGGAGGCCGUGGAGCAGCACGGGCGGUGGCUGGCUGCCUGCAUCGAGGCCCUGGAGCAGGAGGUAGCCGAGGAGGAGCUGGCCAAGGUAGACCAAGCUGUGGACGCGCUGGAGCGCUGGGACCUGUUCACCGGGCAGCUGCCAGCCGCCAGGCAGGGCCUGCCCAGCGGGAGGGACAGCUCGGGGCUGCGCAAGGUGCUGGGAAACAAGUUCUCCUCGAUGCGGUGGCGACUCAGCACCCGAAGGCUGUCCAAGGCUGAGCCCCCUCACCAGGUUGGCGAGACCUAGCCUGGCCUGUGUGCGCCAGGACCGCGUGCUGCCAUGUACCUGCCUGCCAGGUAGGGGAGACAGCAAGGAGGGAGGGGAUGCUGAGCCCUGGGCCUCACCCUACUGCAGUGCCCUCACUGGUCUGCCUGGUGCCAGGGUGGGGUGGCCGGCUCUGCCCAUGGAGUCGCUGUGGGGGAGGCCAGGAUGGUGGGUGGACGGUACAGGGGCCUCUCAGGAUGACACAGACGGUUGGGAGGUGAGAGGAGGGCUAGGCCAGGCCCUGUUCUGCUCUGCGGCCCA